AAUUAAAAACCAAAUUUCUCAGUUAUUGUUUUAAAUAUCGUAUCAAUCUCACGCGAUUUGAAUUAAACUUUACGUCACGCUGAACUUGCUACUUAACGUUUCUUCGCCUCUCACACGCUGGCAAUCCAUCCCGAUGAAUACCUAGAUAAUACUCAUUAAACUAAUUGAAUAUUGCAGAUAUACCGAUGGCUUCUCUUCGUUAGUAUAACAUCCCCGGGGAAGCUUGCGAACGGAUUAAACUUAAACUCCCAGGAUGCGGUCUUCGUUAAUUUCCAUCGCAGGUACAACGUCUCGAAGAUGGCGAUGUUCCGCAACAACGGUUAUCUACCUCCGGCGGAGGUUCCGGAUUUCUCACUACCAGAAGUGAUCGAUAAUAGAGCGCGUAAUGUGAUAGCGAACGAAACCGGCAGCUACUCGAACGCGCUGUACAUCCCCGAACGAGAUUCCUUGCGGGCUCUCACGCGCAAAGGUUCGCAGGACACGAGGAAUCCGGGGCAGACGCCUCAGCAUCCUCGUCGACCCACCAGCCCGCUGCAAGGUAAACACCCUCGACGACCCGCAACGUUGCCUCCUCCUCUUGCCGAAACACCGACGUCGUCCUUCGUAAAUCGCAUCAGCGUCGAGGAGAUGUCCUGUCAGAACUCGGGAGACGAAUUGUUCUUCAGAGCGUCCAUUAAAGUACCGAGGCUGUUGCACCCGCCAGUAGUUGACCACGCGAUGAAUGAAGUAUGCCAAGCGAUAGCAGCCGGGGACUCCUAUCGCAUUAAUUUUGAAGGGGAUCAAGUCUGGGAUUGCGGGGUCGUUGAUUGUUCCGCGGACGGUAACCAAUCGUACUGCCUCGACCUAAGAUUUCCCACGAUAUCCGGUCUGCGAUUGAGGGACGAUUAUAGGGUGACACUGCGCUGUAAGACCCAGGACAGGAUCGCGUAUCACACACGGCGGAUCAGCGUGAAAACUUUGGAAGCGAAGGCGAGAAGCAUCCCGAGCGUGCUAAAUGGUGGCUUCAAGAAUACUCUGGACGUAGACGUGGGAUUGUUCCGGAAGACUUACGGCUCGGAAAACAUUUUCGACACAAGGAUACAAUCGGGCGGCACCGUCGUUCUCGGCGAGGAAAUUUUGUUGCGCGUGUUAGUCAACGGCGACGACGGCUGGCGACAUUCGAGGAUUGGCGAAGUGACGAUGCAUUACGUGGAGGAGAGACAGCAACAAAGGAUCAUCAAUAGCUUGUGGAUCCUUGACAAGAAUGGCUGCUUGAAUUCGGACGUGCGCGAGAUUUGUCCUCGAGAGCAAUACACAGCAUCACCGCUCGAGAGCUACCUGAUCUUCCAGGCGUUCAUGUUCGAGGGGAUGAAAGAGACCGACGAGAUCUUCCUCACUGUGAAGGCAACCGCGUGUCUGGCGCCCGCGGAUUGCGUUCCGGAUUGUCCAGCCGGUCAUGUUAGACGCGCCAGAAGUGUUUCGAAUCGAAACAACACGGUCGAGUGGCAGAACGACGUAGUCCUUCGAGUGAUCUUCCCGAAAUACGAAUUACACGAUUUACAGAAUCAUUAUUUAGCGAUUCUAUUACCGCUAGUUACGAUUUCCGCACUAAUCGCGUUAAUGUGGAUCCUCAAGAUUUCACUUCGCCAAAGACCAGCAAAAUCUUAAAUAAUCUUAUCACUAUUGUCUACGAUUGGGUGUAUAUAAAAUUUCGAACUGUAUAAAGUGUCGAAUAAAAAUGUGACGACUGCUGUUAAUGAUGACGUCACGCUACUAAUGA